UCAGCCAGUCGUCCUGGUCCUGCUCGGAGAGAGACGACGGCAGCAGCGGCUCGGCAUUCCGGGGAACACCAUGAAUCUGAGGCUGACACGGCGAAUGGAAGCUCGCACCGUUUCGCUUUCUUAUUUUUGAUUUUUUGUGUUGUUUAUUUAUUUUUUGGAGGGUUGUGUCUUUUCUCUCAUUUUUUUUUAUUAUUUUAUUUUUUUUACCUCCCCCCUCUCCUCCUCCUCCUCCCCUUCACCCAAUCUCUGACGCGCAAGGACACUACAGCAUCCAUCCACGGCAGAACCGCUCGCAUAGAGCAUCAUCUGUACAGACGCACCGACCGUCCUCCUCCUUCUUCCUUCCUUCCUCCCACUCUCCUCCUCGCCUCUUCUCUUCGUUUUUGUUCGAACCCAGAGGACAUCGGGACCUCUUUCUGUAUCCCCUCCUCCCCACUUCGCCCGGAGACAUGGAUCUAUGGUUUCAUUCGAUCCGGAUUUGCUGGUGGAGGGUUUUGUUUCUGAUGAGUGUUUUCCAGGACUAUCUGAGCUCCAUGCUGGACUGCCCGCCGACCUGCAGCUGCUCUCAAACAGAGAUCUAUUGCAAUAAGUCCGACAACGGCAGGUUUUUCCCGUUACUCGCCCUGCAAGAUACUGGGAGCAAUGGGACCAGCGUUGACAUAGCGGAGUUAUUCAAAAACAUCACCACUAUACACAUAGAGAACUGGACAGGAUUGCAGACUCUGAGAGACGUCGAUAUGGAGCUCUACACUGGACUUCAGAGACUAACUAUCAUGAAUUGUAACCUGAAGGUGAUCCAGGCUCGAGCGUUUGCUCAGAACCCACACCUACGCUACAUAAACUUGUCAAAGAAUCCUCUCACCACUUUGUCAUGGCAGCUCUUCCAGCACCUCCAACUCUCCGAGCUGCGUCUGGAUGGCGUGGUGUUCGACUGCGGCUGUGACAUCCGCUGGAUCCAGCUGUGGCAGCAGCGAGGAGAGGCCGGGCUUAACAUGCAGCAGCUGUACUGCAGGAACGGAGCCUCCAAGAUACGACUGCACAACAUGUACAUCCACAACUGUGACUUACCAGAGAUCAGUGUGAGCCACAGCAGUGUGUUGGUGAUGGAGGGUGACAACGUGACGGUGAGCUGCAACGGAUCUGGUUCACCGCUGCCUGAAGUGGACUGGACUGUCAGCGGCCUGCAUUCCAUCAACACACACCUGUCUAAUGUAUAUUGGCCCAACAUCCACUCCAUCAACCUGACUCUUUUCAACAUCAGCCGAGACGACAACAACUUCCAGCUGACCUGCAUUGCAGAGAACGUGGUGGGGAUGACCAACUCCUCCAUCCAGCUCAACGUACAGUUUCCCCCAGUCAUUCUGAGACUGGCUGAGCCUGAGCAGCGCCUUGAUACCUGCAUUGAAUUCACGGUUCGGGGAUACCCGCAUCCCAAGUUGCGCUGGUUCCACAAACAGAAGGAGAUUCUCCAGAAUGACUACAUUCGAACGGACAUGGACUUCUACCAGGACUAUCUCGAGGGCUGUCUUACCUUCCAGAACCCGACACACAUCAACAAUGGCAACUACACCCUGGAGGCCAGCAACCCUCUGGGAACAGUCACUAAGACAGUAUAUGGUCACUUCCUGGUUGACCCCAAUGACAAUGACACAGUGGUAGUAGAUCCGCCGACUGAUGGUGAUUCAGGCCGACCAGAUGAAGAUACAUUCGGGGUUUCCAUUGCUGUGGGUUUGGCGGGCUUCGCUUGUGUCCUCCUCCUCGUCCUUUUUGUUCUCAUCAACAAAUACGGCCGGCGCUCCAAAUUCGGUAUGAAAGCUCCAACCCGCAGAUGCAUGGACUCUACAAGACCUCUGAAGGUGCCCUGUGGUAUCAGGCACCAAGACGUUAGCAGCAGAUCCUUUAAGUCCUGUCCAGUAGCUGUGAUCAGUGGUGAGGAAGACUCUGCCAGCCCCCUUCAUCACGUCAACCAUGGGAUUAUUACCCCCUGUACUUUGGAUGCAGGCCCUGAUGCGGUUGUCAUAGGAAUGACUCGAAUUCCUGUGGUAGAGAAUCCUCAGUACUUCAGACAUGGGCACAACUGCAACAAGCCAACCACCCUUGUCCAACAUAUAAAAAGAAGAGACAUCAUCCUGAAGAGGGAGUUGGGCGAGGGAGCGUUUGGUAAAGUCUUCUUGGCAGAGUGCUACAACCUCAGCCCCACCAAGGACAAGAUGCUGGUGGCUGUGAAGACUCUCAAAGAUCCCAACCUGUCGGCCAGGAAGGACUUCCAGAGGGAGGCGGAGCUGCUGACCAACCUCCAGCAUGACCACAUCGUUAAGUUCUAUGGAGUGUGUGUAGACGGAGAUCCUCUCAUUAUGGUGUUCGAAUACAUGAAGCAUGGAGACCUCAACAAAUUCCUCAGAGCCCACGGCCCUGAUGCCAUGAUCCUGGUAGAUGGCCAGCCACUGCAGUCCAAUGGAGAGCUCGGCCUCUCCCAGAUGCUGCACAUCGCCACCCAGAUUGCCUCAGGCAUGGUCUACCUGGCCUCCCAGCACUUUGUGCACAGAGAUCUGGCAACCCGGAAUUGCCUGGUUGGCAAUGGUCUAUUGGUCAAGAUUGGAGACUUUGGCAUGUCCAGGGACAUCUACAGCAGCGAUUACUACAGGGUCGGAGGUCACACUAUGCUACCUAUCCGCUGGAUGCCUCCAGAGAGCAUCAUGUAUAGGAAAUUCUCUACGGAAAGCGACGUCUGGAGCUUUGGAGUCAUCCUGUGGGAGAUCUUUACGUAUGGGAAGCAGCCUUGGUUUCAGCUGGGUAACAAUGAGGUUAUCGAGUGCAUAACCCAGGGUCGGGUUCUGGAGAGGCCACGGAUUUGUCCUAAAGAGGUGUAUGACGUCAUGCUGGGCUGCUGGCAGAGGGAACCGCAGCAGCGACUAAACAUUAAGGACAUUCAGAAGGUCCUGUUCGCCAUGGGAAAAGCCACGCCGGUCUACCUAGACAUCCUGGGCUAGCAGCAGCUCGGGGCGGCCCGUUCCUCGCCAGACGGACAGAUCGACAGAGACAUACAUACAGAACGACCCACACGAAUCCAGGAAUAACCAAACCAACCUGCUCCACUGUCGAAAAACACAUGCAUUGUUUGGGAAGGACUUAAGUGCCUGCAACACUUUUGGAUAUAGUGGAUAAAACGUAUUCAAAAAAACACGCACUUUUACAUUUUGUUUACUUGCGUAUAAGAUGUACAGGUUUGAAGAAGACUUUUUUUCCCUUGAAAAACUGCAAAAAUACACAAAAAUGGAGACAGAAGGGGAAGUUGGACUGGCAAUAGGAAAAAUGGCCACAGUUUGAUUAUAUUACGGAGAGAACACGUCAGAGUUCAAAUCUAUCCUGGGUUUGGUUUUAUGAAUAUAUAUAGAAAUAUUACAUAUAUUUUAUAUUUAUUUCUUUUUGUCGAGGUGUUGAAGGGUCUGCCAUGUGUGUUGCUAAGGGCUCGGCCCUGUCUGAAGAUGCCACCGGCAAACGACUGACAGGGACUUGACGAUGGAAGCCUUACUUGCACUCUGAUUGGCUGGAACUGAGCUUUUACUGGGACCUCUGUGGAAUAACACUGGAUGGUUGGGGGAAAAAAGCAACGCUCUGUAGAGGACCUAACCUAAUCAGACAACCGACAAAUCUAUUUUAAUUUAAAAAAUAAUGUACAUAUUGUAAAAUUCUAUGUGUCAGAAUUAUGUUAACUUAUUUUUUCGGAUGUUACUUUGGUUCCUCUUCUGACUGUGAUCUGGGUGGCUAAAGUAUAAAGCUAUGGUAUUUGUUUUCAUCCUAUUCCAGAGGAGCUUUCUCUUGGGAAUUACCCGUGUCAGUGCUGGUUAAGUCGUCUUUUGUGGUGAAGGUGAAUGGCAGUGAACACACUUGGAAAAGCCCACUGACACCGAAUCACAGAGACUUUGGAGAAUGGGGGAUGACUCAGAGCCAUGGUUCAACACAACACUUUCCAAAGAGGUGAUGAAACCUCGUGUUCACUUUCCAGUUCAUUUGCUUUUUCUGGCAAGAAUAAUGCAUUGAUAAGUAUCUCACACCACACCCCUCCAACACAUACACACAGACACACACACAUGCUUUGUCUUAUUCAAGCUUUCUGGUGUGGAACUGCUAAAGAAAACAUUUUUGGAGCUGAGAGUAUAUUCAUCACUUGUUAGUCGCAGAUGUGCACUUUGCUUUCACAGCCUAAUCUGUAAAAGAAUGUUAAGGAACACUUUGACAUCUUGGGGGAUAUGAUUAUUCGCUUUCUUGCUGAGGGCUAUGACCAAUAGAGCUUUUACAUCUGUAUGCUAAAUAUGUAGCUACAUCCAGGAGAUAGUAAGCUUAGCUUAGCAUAAGACUGGAAUCAGGGGGAACAGUUAGCAUAGUUAGCAUUUUGAUGUUCAGAAUAACACAAAUAACCACAUAUCCAGAUUUGAAGCAUAACCUUACUGAACAUUAGAUUGUAUGGUUUAAUUUAAAUAUAUUCAGAUAGGCAAGAAAUUAUAUAAAAUUUAUAGAUUUAUUUAAGUUCUGAAUACCAUUUACCAAAAAGCAGGGUUUCAGCAUUGGUUGCAGCAUUUACUGAGACAUUUUACAUUUUUAGGACUUCUUUUCCACGCACAGUGCUUUUUAAUACCCACAGGGGCUUUUUUUGGUCAUAUUAAGGUACACUUAGUGUUUUUUGAGAAAACUGACUAUGUUUCAAGACCUACAGAUAUGAGUGUUUUGACAUUUGAUAACUAGACUGGGUAUGUAUUGCAUAUAUCCUUCAUUUAAUUCUUCCUAGUCAAAAAAAUACAUUUCAGACACAUUCAGCGUCAUUAUCACUAGGACAAAUGAUGUCACUUUUACCAUUAAUGUGUAUGAGAUUUCUCAUUAAAAUAUGUACAACACUGUGCAGAAACAAGGCAUUAGGGUUAGGGUAAACCAGAAAAAGGAGCAUGCUAGCAGCCUUUUUUUAAAUAGCACUGAAAUAAUUUUACUGGUAGGAGGAAAUCAAAAGACAGUGGUUUACAGUAUGCAGAUGUAGUACUUAGAUAGUACAAAAUAUUUUGUUUUAUAAGGCUCUACAAAUGCAAAUCUUUUCUAUCACUGUUAACAUGGGACUGAUAUAGAGGGUUAUUCAUUAGUUUCAACAAAAAGUAAUCAGUAAAUGUAGGAUAGCUGCUAAUGUUAGCUUACUACUACCUAACUACCUAGCUUGAAUUCUCCACUAGUUUAGACUAAGCAACCCUGGUGACAUUGUUUUAAAGAAACCUAACUGGCAAUAAACCAAUUGUUUAAAAAAGCAAAAUCAAAAAUUAUUGCUGUAUGUGUUAGUUAACAUUUCUGGUGCUGUUAACGUUGAAGUAGCAUCAAAAUUUAAUUAAAAAAAAUAAUAAAUUGCCAAAGCUAAUUGGAAAGUCUCACCAAGUAUCUUGAAAGGCAUCUUCCACAGAUACCUCUUCUCUAGAUUUUACAUUUAGCUCCAUAAAAACAAAGUAGUUAUAAUUUAUUUAGCCUCUAAAUGUGUUUACUGAAGCAUACGUCUUGUGUCAAUACCACAUUGAGAUACAAAAUACAUGUAUAUUUCCAAGAGAAUGGACACUGUUCUUAAAGUGACGUCACCUAGGUUUCCUGCGACCUCUAUCUUCUCAUCCAACUCAGCAAGAAAGCAAAACAUCACAUUUCCCAGAAUGUGGAGCUAUUACUUCAACACAUUCUAGGUUGUUACCAUCAGGAUCCUGUCACCUCACAUGCUGUGAAAAGAAACCCUCCUGAAAUGAAAACAUUUCUUUUUUCAUUAACCUGAUUUCUUUUCCAUCGGCUGUACAUGACGGACAAGGUUUUCACAGUCUGUUGCUCUGAUAAAUGCCUCUUCUGUUACCAUGAGGACAAGCCACAGAGGCAGGCAGAUACUUGUGUUAAUCAAAGAUAAUAAUCACUGAAGUGGACCAUCUAAUUGUGUGGUAUUAUUGCAUAUGUUUUGAUAAUUACAGUAUUAAAUGAACUGGAAAACAUGAAGAGUUUUGUUCCAAAAUGUGACCGGAAAAAACGACCCCUAAACCCAAGAUGAUCUUGCUUUUAAGGAAUCGCUCAUAAUUAAGUGCUCAGUUGACAAAAUGAGAUCAUUUUCACAUCCUGGAGAUUUCUCAGACACUGAAUGAUAAACCUCAGGCAAUGGUUUUAUUUCAUGUUGUAUCUGGAUAUCGAGCGUUUUGGAGUGGAACUCUUCACAUCUCUUCCUUAUUAUCUUGACAUGAAUUCUCACAGUAUCACAGUGUUGUCUCUGUUCCCCUUGGGACUAUGUAAAUCAUUAAUGAGCAUUCAGUUAUUUCAAGUAUUUUAUAUGAAAGGCAGGAUCAAAUCCAUCGAGCUACCCAAAGCAUUGAGUUUUUGUGUGUUCUCUUGUGGUAAAGAUAAACGCUUAAAGACAUUAUGACACAGACCGUGAGCAUUUGCAGGGUAUUGUAAUCCUUUCAUGGUGAGUUGAAUAUUGUUUAAAAAGUUUUCUUUUUUUUUUCUUUUCUUGGAUGAACUAACUGAACACUUUUUGAAGCAAAGUUGGCAUAUUACCAUGUACACAUGUUACAGAAUAUAAAAAUGUGGUAUAACAACUGCAGUAUAUAAAAUACUGGUAUUCCAUGAUAGAUCUUUGUAUUAAUGUGACUCUCUUAAGAAAAUGUCUUCAAACAAUCAGAAGAUCUCCUUUUCCAUUUUGUCCUGUCUUAUAAAAAUGUGUGAAUUUGACUAAA